AUGAAGCAAUGUGUCCACGUCCUCCGUAACUUCAGCCGACGAGCAGAGUCAGGCCGGUCACGGUCAGAGUAUGUCGACCAGCUCGUUGCUGACAUAGCUACCUACUACGGCUAUAACGACUUCCUUGCCCAGAAACUUUUCCAGCUAUUUCCCGUUGCAGAGGCAAUCGAAUUUUUUGAAGCGAAUGAAGUCGCAAGACCGGUCACCAUUCGAACAAAUACAUUGAAGACACGUAGACGAGACCUUGCUCAAGUUUUAAUUAACCGCGGCGUCAACUUGGAACCUAUUGGCAAGUGGACAAAUGUUGGUCUGCAAGUCUUCGAAAGUAGCGUACCCAUUGGCGCGACGCCGGAAUAUCUCGCUGGUCAUUACAUGCUCCAAGCGGCAUCUUCUUUCCUUCCUGUCGUCGCUCUUGCCCCACAACCAGAGGAGCGCGUGCUAGAUAUGGCGUCCGCGCCAGGUGGCAAAACAACACACAUAGCAGCUUUGCUGCAAAAUACAGGCGUUGUCUUUGCGAAUGAUGCCAACAAGGCAAGAACAAAAAGUCUAACGGCCAAUGUACAUCGAUUAGGAUGCAAAAAUGUUACUGUCUGCUCGUACGACGGUCGGGAAUUUCCCAAGGUGAUAGGUGGUUUUGACCGGGUUCUGCUGGACGCCCCAUGUAGUGGUACUGGUGUCAUCAGCAAAGACUCGAGCGUCAAAGUCAAUAAGUCUGAACGAGACUUCCAGUUGCUCUCGCACCUACAAAAACAACUCAUUCUAUGCGCUAUCGACAGUGUUUCGCCAGACUCCAAAACCGGAGCAGUCGUCGUUUACUCAACAUGCUCUGUGACAGUCGACGAGAACGAAGCUGUAGUUGACUAUGCUCUUCGAAAGCGACCAAAUGUCAAACUUGUUGAUACUGGUAUUGGGUUCGGCCGAGAAGGUUUCACGAAGUUCCGAGGGAAGGUUUUCCAUCCGUCCGUGAGCUUGACGCGGAGAUUCUAUCCACACGUGCACAACAUGGAUGGUUUCUACGUUGCAAAGUUUAAGGUCGAAAAGCGUCGCAAGCCUGAUACAAGCAAAGAAAUUGCCGAACAAGAAGCAGCAGUCAAUGAUGUGGACAUGGAACCGACGCGCUUCAAUGACAAUGAGGAUCAGGAGUUUAUAGAAGAGAGUAAACGUAAGCAGAUGAAGGCGAAAGGUUUGCGGGUGGCUCCACGCAAAAAACCUGACGUUUCUGCAUCUGUAUGA